AUGGCCGAAGUCAUAGGCCUCGCAGCUAGCAUCAUCCAGAUCGCGGGGGCUGGUGCCAAGCUCAGCGUCGCGUUGUACAACUUCACGAACUCAGCCGCGCGGGCAGACCAAGACGUCAAGGACAUUGCCGAUGAUGUAGAGCUCACAUCAAAUGCGCUCGAAAGCGUAGGCAGGGUGUUUGAGUCCGAAGAGGCCGGAUCCAUCGUGUCGAAGAAGGCUAUCCAGGACGCUAACAACAUCAUCAAAAAGUGCCAAAGCGUCUUCGACGAAGUGUCAGAGAUAGUAGAGAAGAGGAGAAAGACUGCAAAGGAUGGAAAGAAAAGCUUGAGCGUGAUGGGUGUCUUGGAUGAAGAGCGUGAGAAGAUCCGCGAAUUGCACCAGCGACAGCAGGACUCACUCAAAAGCCUGCAAGCUCUCGAAAACAGAUUCUGUCAUAUCGCAAUCAAUGACGAAGAAACCCUUCGAGGAUCAAGCGUCGCCUCUCGUGUCCCAACUUUGGAGCUUAUGGCCAACGCUCCGGUUAUGGAGCUGCCUCCGCUAGAGAAAGUCCCAAAGCUUCAGCCAAACACCAUUACCAUCGAACUCUCGACCACAAAUGAUUCGGACACUUCUGACAGCGACGCAACGAUGUCAGGCGAUGACAAUGAAGAGCGGAUCUCGACCGAAGAGCUGGCAAAAGCAGCGGACCAUGUGAAGAAACUCUUAAAGCGCAUCACAAUGCUACAGAAGAGCUUCGAUGUCGACAAGAAGAAACAUCGAAAGCGACACGUGCACAAAAUGUAUCAACGCUUUUGUCGCAAAUUUGAAUCAGGUAUCAAGCUUCCGUCAGCUGCCGACUUUGGAAAGGUUGCUCCAUUCAUCGAUUUCGAUAUGAACGAUAACUCGGGCAGUCUGGAGAAUUUUGACUUUGAUAGCUUUCUUCACGUCCCGGAUCUCUGGAAACGAUCCCAUCAUUUGAUGCGCAAACGCCCCAUUAUCCUCCAGCGCCGAGUGGAAGUGCAGCCUCAGACUUUCCGUUGGAUCUGUCUGGUCAGCAACAACGACCUAGUCUUGGUCAAGGACAGUCAGCACUUGUUCAGCAGACUCCUGAAGCAUUAUCGCAGACGUGGGCGCAGUUUCAGAGGCAGGCGCAAUCCAUGGUUCAACAACAGGCUCAAGCGCAACCCAUGGCUCAACAACAGGCUCAAGCGCAAUCCAUGGCUCAACAACAGGCUCAAGCACAGCACCAAAAAGCUCAAGCGCAGCACCAACAAGCUCAAGCGCAGCGCCAUCAAGCUCAUUGGCAGCACCAACAAGCUCAUUCGCAAGCUGCAAUGCAGCCAAUGUCAGGAAUGA